AGACGGAACGCGCUGGUAUGGGCUUUGUUUGAGGUGCUCGUCACCACUGUCAACAGAUCUGGAGAGAUCGGCGUCAACCAAUGGAGCUCAACUCAUCGUUUCUCUCCAGGUAUCUGCUCACCGGCCUCGUGGCGGGCACUGCAGUCGGCACGGUCAUCGGCUAUGCCAUCGCGUCACUGACACGAAGGAAGAGCAAGCGCAUCGCCAUCGACGACGCAUCGGCUGCGCUGGAGAGGGCCCUUGCAACGAUGGAAGGCGGCAUGCAUCACCAUGAGCCAAAGAGAGUGAGGAGAGAUGGGACUGACGCGAAUGCUCACGCGAAGGAGGAAGAAGAAGCGAUGAGGGAGCAGCUGAUCAGGAACUACCAGUUCUUCGGUGAGGAGGGGCAGUCCAAGGUUCGCGGUAGCUUUGUUGUGGUCAUCGGUCUGGGCGGCGUCGGCUCUCACUGCGCCGUAUCUCUGGCCCGCUCGGGCGUCGGCCACAUCCGCAUUGUCGACUUCGACCGCGUGAGCCUGUCCAGCCUCAAUAGGCAUGCGUGUGCGACAAGAAGGGAGGUCGGACUGAGCAAGACAGAGGCCAUCAGGAGAUGCAUUCAUGCCAUAUCGCCACACACGAAGGUGGGUGUGUGGGUGGGUGUGUGGAUGGGGGUGUGUGCCGGUCAUCGCACCUUUCUGUCUGCCUGUCUGCAGGUGGAUGCCCGCGAGACCUUGUUUGAGCUGUCCCAGGCCGAGUCUCUGCUCGAGGGGCGGCCCGACUAUGUGGUUGACUGCAUCGACAACGUGCCCACCAAAGUGGACCUGAUCGCCUACUGCGUCGAGCACAGCCUCCCUCUCAUCAGCGCGUGCGGCUCUGCGUGCAAGGCCGACCCAACCAAGCUCAGAAUCGACGACAUCGAAAACACUGUCGAGGUGCGAUUUGUCAAGGCAGCACCUGUAUCCACACACACAUUGAUUGCCUUUGAAUGCAAUGCGUGUGCAGGACGAUUUGGCCCGUGCUGUGCGGGUGCGUCUGCGUCAGCGUGGCAUCGAGCGGGGCGUCAUGGUGUGCUACUCGACAGAGAGGACAGAGAGGGCGCUGCUGCCGCUGAGGGACUACCAGGAAGACAACCCUGCCGACUUCGUCCCGCUGCCCAACUUCAGGGUGCGCAUCUUGCCUGUCAUCGGUCCGCUGCCGGCCAUCAUGGGCCAGUCAAUCGCUGUGUUUGUGCUGACGUCACUGGCCGACCAGCCUAUUGGGCAGGCGGGCGCUCCAGCUGCAGCUGAGUGGCAGAUCAGGCGCAAGAACUACAGGAAGCUCUUCACAGCCGUCAAGACCGCCGUCAUAUCGUAAGUCGAUAGUCAUAGAACAGAAAAGUGCUGUUGCUGUGUGCAUCACGUGUGUUGGUGUGUGUUGAUGUGUGUGUGCAGGGAGACGAACGACAGGAGUGCGGCCAAUGCGGCCGAGCUGCCUUUCGAUGCGUCGUCUUGCCUGUAUGUUGAUGUGUAUGGCGGCAAGUGCGCCAUCACACGGCAGACGGGGGUCGUCGGCACCCUGGAAUUCGUUCCUUGGUACGCACCCACGCACCCACGCACCCACCCACAUGCAGGGAACACGGACUCGUGUGGCCUUAUGUGUCCCCGCCCGCCUGCUCUCUUUGUUCAGGCUCUUCGAGAGAGGCCGCAUCCGUGAGAGCGUCAGUGCCGAGAAGAUGGUCUUGUGCAGUGCCCCAGAGGCCCGGCGGCACCUCUCAGAAGGCGGCACGGACGACCGCAACCAGCAGCUGUGGGGCCCAGAGACCACUCAGCACGUGCAGCAGCUGAUCGACAAGGCCCGAGACGCCCUCAGCAAGCUGAAGAGCCAGAGCCAGCUAAUGAGUGACAGCGAUGGUGUGGUUGUCGAGCGAGAGAGGGACUUCGCGAGUGAGAGGGUGGGGGGAGGCCAAAAGAGAAGUGAGAGGGAGAGAAGGCGCCGUGAGAUGGAGGAGGAGGAGGAUGGAUGUAUCCAUGAAGGCGGCUGGGAUGCACUGUGGGAAGAUGAAUGACGCUUGAUCGGUU